UAUAUCACACACAUUCAUAAAAUCAUCACACAUCAAUCCUAGCUACUUUAUACACUCUCAUCAAUCAAGAAACCCUAAAUUCCACCUCUCUUUAAAUUUUUGUAGCAUCCCAAUGGAAUCCCAAAAGUGCAUUAUUUUGUGGGUUUUGUUGAUCUCGAAUUUGAGCAUAGUGUGCUUGGGAAAAGAUGCCACGUUGGAUGAGAAAGUUAGAACACAAUGUGGGUUCACUAGGUAUCCUACGUUGUGUGUCCAAACCUUGACAGGGUCAGGGUCAAGUGUAGAUCUCUUGUCUGUCCUUGUCAACUCCACCAUGUCCCAAACCAAUUUGCCCAAUUCCAAUUUCGAAGUCCUAAGCUCCCAUUUCAUCUCUCCUCAAGCUCAACAAGCCCGAAUCGCCAUCGACUACUGCCACGACCUAAUGAGCAUGUCGCGGAAACGGCUCAACCAAGCCCUGGACGCCUUAAAAAAGUCGCCCGAGAAACACAAGGACGACAUCCAGACGUGGCUGAGCGCCGCCCUCACGUUCCAGCAGACGUGCAAGGACUCGGUCGAGGCCCAUGCCAACUCAAACGCAUACGUGGAAGAGAUAACAAAGAAAAUGGACUUUUUGUCUGAACUAGGCAGCAACCCUCUGGCCCUGGCCAACCGGAUCGUCGUCGGGAAGUCUCCGGCCCCCAGCCGGAAACUCCUCGGACGGGAGAAUUUUCCGAGGUGGGUGUCCGCCGGCGACCGGAAACUGCUCCAGAGCACGGCGAUCAAGGCGAAUGCGGUGGUGGCGAAGGACGGGAGCGGCCACUACACGACGGUGUCGGCGGCGAUCGCGGCGGCCGGCGGCGGCAGGUUUGUGAUUUAUGUGAAGGCGGGGACUUAUAAUGAGAAGAUUAAUACUAAUAAAGAUGGGAUUACGCUAAUUGGGGAUGGGAAAUAUUCUACUAUUAUCACCGCCGCCGGCAGCGUUGGCAAAGGCGGCUCUUCUCUUCGUGGAUCAGCUACCUUUACUAUUACUGGCGACGGGUUCAUAGCGCGGGACAUCGGGUUCCAGAACACGGCGGGGCCGAACGCGGAGCAGGCGGUGGCGCUAACGAUCGCGUCCGACCGGUCGGUGCUGUACCGGUGCAGCAUCGCGGGUUACCAGGACACGCUGUACGCGCUGUCCCUCCGCCAGUUCUACCGCGAGUGCGACAUCUACGGGACGGUCGACUUCAUCUUCGGCAACGCGGCCGCAGUGUUCCAGAGCUGCGGCCUCUACCUCCGCCGGCCCCGCGGCGGAGGGGCCUACAACGUGAUCCUGGCGAACGGACGGAGCGACCCGGGCCAGAACACGGGUUUCUCCGUCCAGAACUGCCGGAUCACGGGGGCCGCGGACUACUCGUCGGCCCAGAAGUCGUACCUGGGCCGGCCGUGGAAGGCCUACUCGAGGGCGGUGGUGAUGCAGUCGAACAUCGACCGCGCCAUCGCCUCGAGGGGGUGGGUGGAGUGGCCCGGGGCGGGCGGUGGGACCUACAAGUCGUUGUAUUUCGCGGAGUAUGCCAACAUGGGGGGCGGCGCGGCGACGUCGGGCCGGGUGGGGUGGGCCGGGUUCAAGGUGCUCGGGGCCGCGGAGGCGGGGAAGUUCACGGUUGCGAAUUUCAUCGGAGGGAACUCGUGGCUGCCGUCGACGGGGGUGACGUUUGAUUCCGGGCUUUGAAGGUUAUUUGGUUUUGUAUAUAAGUUGAAUGAAACCAAGUUAAGUAAAAAAAAAAGUGAUGAUGAAUUUCGAUUGAUGUAUUUUUAAUUUGUUAGAAAUGGUGAAGUGAUUGUAACGUGUAUCUUGAGAAUAAUAUGUAAAUGUAAAAUGCAUCUUUGAUUUCGAUGAA